ACCCUGCUCGUUAGACGUCACAACCCUUUAUGGAUGCCUGGUGAGCUGAUGAUAAUCCUUAGAUAUGAGAGAACUUCCACAACAGUAGUGUCGGCUCAAGCUGCUGUGAGAUCUGCUGGAGGAUCUGGUUGACUGUACAAGAAAUAGUCAAGAAUCUAUUCUCGUUCAUGCGCUCAGAUUCGGCCGCAAGCAUCUUUCCCGCAAAUGGCACUAGCGAGAGGUCUGCUGUUGCUAUGUAUCUCUGCCCUGGCUGUCCUGCCGGAAUGUCAGGGUGUAGAACAGGAUAACGUCACUUCAUUUCCGGAUGAUGAUAACAGCACUGGACUGGUGGUCAGUGCAAUGACCGGCACACUCGAGUGUGACAGAGGUUACUACACUAACUGUUCUGCACCUCCGUGCACCAACGGCAGAGGCAAUAAUGCCACCACAACACAAACGAAGGUGAAUGGAACUGCUCUGAGGAGCAAACUUCUGAGAUGUGAAGAAUUCUCGCAAAUCCAAUGCGGAUCGGCAAUCUACUUGACUGGGACAACAUCGGAUCUCAACUCCUCAAGACAAGCCUGCCUGAAUGCCAGCUCCGUUCUAAUGAAUGAUCUCUAUCUGGGCACUCUGUCUGCUCAGGAGCGCGGCUGUGUGUUGAAUCGUUCUAAUCCAGUGUGGCUCUUGGACUCUACAGGCAGGGGUGAGGUGUUUGACCCACAGGAUGGCGUUCAGGGUUUCAUCCGACCAAGUAACGGGCCUUACGACUUUGUUUGCCUGCCCUCCAAUUACGCACAGCUGUUGGCCACAUUGACGCCAGACGUCAACACGACUGGUGAAGUACAUACCUGCAGAACCAUGACGGAGUCCUACGUCUGCGACGCUCGCGUCAUCCUUGGCGAGAAGCAGCUGAACCUGUGCUUGCCACGCUGCAUGCACCAAGCACCUGCAGAGCCCACUUCCAGAUUCUACUGCAAUGGAUUCAACGUCACAUUUCAGCUCAAAUCAGUACCGGUGUCCGUUGCAGCUGCCAAGUGUUUGGCUCAGGAGAACAGGAUGCUACGAUUUAAAGAUUUCCGAAGAUUGAACAGGUCUCUGUGCUUCAGGGACAAGCUAGAUGAAUUAACAAAGACCGGAAAGGGCACCUUCUGGUUACGAUUCAACACACGAGGAUCUAGAGGUAGCUAUGACCUGCGAACCGGUGAGGUUAACAAAGGUGUGAGCUGGACAAAGUCACCAACGGACGCAUUCAUCUGUGCUUUCGAUUGGGAUGAGUGCAAGUUCUCGACUCCCUGCGAAGCUGGUUUUGAAUGCAUCAACUUGAAGGGGGAUUACGUAUGCAAUCGUGUUAAUUGCCCGGCCAAGCAGGUCAACGAUGGCACUCUCAACGUCACACAACUGCACACUGAUUCUAGUCCAGCUUGCGUGGAAGGCUACAUGCCGCUUCGAAAUGCGUCCUGUCAGGCUGAUGGAUGGGUGCACAAUGAGACGCUAUGUGUGAAGAUGGUGACUGAAAGCGGCAACGGCAAGCAAGGGACAAUACAGGUGCUUGCCUGGUGGAAGUGGGCGGUCAUGGCAGUGGGCAUUGCGCUGGUGAUUGCAAUGGGCAUUGGAUUAGUGUUGUGGCGGAGGGGACAGAAAAGCUCAAGCCCACGUGUGGGAAUACCGGUCCCAAAUACCGUCAACGAAGACAGCGGAAUGUCAAUCUACGAUAGUCCCUAUGCCAACUGCGAGGUCAACGGCCUCUAUAACGAAGUCUAUGUAAAGCGUCCCCUCAAAAACACUGAAAGCAGCACCAGCAACUACAGCAACAGAUAUCAGGGAUUUUCCCGGAAGCCUCACUCCGUGGCCGAUGGGAUGAUAAAGGCGAUUUCAACUCUAGCGCUAGUCGGAGGAGAAGGCGAAAUGGGAGCAGCAGUGAGCUAAGCAUGACUUGGCACUAGACAUGACUUGGUACUAGGCAUGCAUGUGAUGCACCAUGCUCAGUGAGCCCUCGCAGUACUACACUCAAGCUCAGUCUCCGGCUAGCUGUAUGCUCAGUCUAUACAUUCUUGAUCAUUCUUAUCUUUUUCUUUUGCUCUUUUACAUGUUUUACUGCCAGAAGUCGUCUUCAUAUAAGGAGGCAGAUAUGCCUGUUUCUUGUACGACUUUAAAUAAAUCCAACCAACCAACCACUUAAGCCAACACAGUACACCGGACACUAGCCAGAUAUAAAUGACAUAAAGCCCAUAACAGAUUGCCAAUGGGACGUGCUUAUAGACUUAUAGUUCACUCCCACCCACCUCACCUAAUCCACAGUUGAAAUGUGGAAACUGGAUGGCUUUCCCAGGAAGCGGCAAAUGUGGAAUUCAGCGGUGCAAGGUUACUAAAUUCUUCAUCACAUACACGGCAAUAAGAUGCCAACCUUUAUCAUCUGAUGUCAUAGAGAACAUUAUUCAAUUCUUCCCAAGGGUUUUCACUUGUGCUACUCUGCACUAAACUUUUUUUUUUUUUUUACUAGAAUCACGUAAACCCGUCAUGUGUGAGCCAUGAAUAAGGGGCACUGCGGGCAAGUGAGUUUGCUGCCUGAAGGUGAGCAUAUCAGCAACACUAACUCUCACCAUGCUUUGGUCCUUUCCUGGCCUUGUUUUCUUGCCUAAGUCGAUUCUGGCUGUUCAGAGUCCAGACUGGACUGGGAAGCUUAAU